AUGCCGUCCGAACGAUUCGAAGUCGCACGAGAACGAUAUCAUACGUUGUGGCCGAAGUCGGUCUACUCCAGCUUCGGUUACUAUGUCCAGCUACUGCGAUAUAGCGAAAUGCCGGCGGAGACACUUGUCACGUUCGGCAUCAAGAAGGCAAAUCGCCUGACCGAUGAGGUGCGAUCUUUGAUUGUGAAGAAAAUCGAAGACGCUACAAUGUCAGAUCUCGCCCACCUCUAUAACAACAAACAUGGACUUUGCACGGCUUGGUCUGUGCUCAUUACCGAAGCCGUAGAAGAGAAGCUGGCGCCGGCGAAUAUACGACGAUUUCGAUUUGCCGACGCUGGAAAACACCGGCUAGCGUUCGACGAGUCCGGUGUCCUUGUAGAUAGCGCGCCGAAGACCGUCGUCCAACUAACCAAAGGUCGAUCAUUCUCGACGGAGAUGUGCCGCAGUGGAGAAGACGCGCUUCGGCGUUGUCUGAUCCAAUUCCUCGACAAGACACCGGCGGUCAUCGCAUAUUUUAGAACGGCCCAAGAUGACAAGCUGGGCUUCGGCGGUAUGAUAAAAUGGGAAAAAGGUAGCAAAGUUAUUACCUGGAUCGAAGAAGAUGGCACUCGGCAAAGCGCUAUGUUUGGCCCUGAAGGCACGCUGGAGUCCCUCAUUGAAUGCGAUGAAAUUUUGGGUGAUUAG